AUGAAAUUUUCCGUAAUUUUUUUAUUAAUUUCAACUGCUUACCUUAACUUCAGUUCCUCCUCGUUGAACGAAAGUUUCCUCGACUACUCCGUGUACGAGCUUGUAACGUUUCGUGCUGAUUACAUGAAUUUCGUGGAUGCCAUUGAAAAAAUCAUCAGUUCGACCCAACCUGACAUCAUCAAUCUCAUUUCGGUCGUUCAUCCGCAAAAACAUCUCGAACUCGGAACCUCCAAAAUGGUUUCUCGUUUACUGAAGCAACUUCCGUUGGAUGUGAAAUAUCGCGUGCAGGACUUCAACCAUUUGAGUUAUGAGCCCUCUGCGGCUUGGGCAGCAAUUCGCCCGCGUUUUUACAACGUAAUUUUCCUGAACUACUACGAGGAAUUCGAACAGGAGCUUUUGCCGCACUUUCAGAAGAACGUUUUCGACCAUCGCGGCUACUACAUCGUCGUUUUAGCUGACACGAAGAACUGGCAACCGGCAGAUUUGAAACGUUUGAUGGAAGCAUUUUGGCGUCUUUAUGUCAUAAAUGUGAAUAUUAUGCUGCGAGAUGUUGAUGGAGUGAUUUUGAGUAUGACUUAUUUCCCGUAUGGCGAAGGAUAUUGCGAAAAAGUGUCGCCUGUCGUCACAAACAAGUACAUCGACGGGCAUUUCGAGCAUUCGGAUCAUUUUCCAUGGAAAAUUCACGAUUUUCAUGGAUGUCCCUUGAUGGUAGGUACCACGCAUGGGCCUCCCUUCGUAAUUUACGUCAACGAAUCGUACGUCACGGGCAUCGAAGGCAUCAUUUUGAACAUGUUGUCUCAAAAAGUGUUGAAUUUCAAGCCAACUUUUAUCCCAACUGACGAUUUGGAGCGUCAAGGAGACAUUUAUCCCAACGGAUCGAUCACGGGAGGUCUUGGAAUGUUAUGGCAUGAGACUGUGAACUUCACAAUUGGCUUUUACAGCAUCCGCGCGGAUUAUUUGGAGCAUUUUGACUUGACAUUCGCAGUUUUUGCGACGAAACUUCAAUUUUUGGCAACUCUCGAGGAAGAACAUACCGACUCCGCUUCCUAUAUUUGGUUGGCUUUUCAUAAUUGUGUGUGGUUGGGCAUCGGAGUCUCUUUGGGAGUUGGAGUUUUGAUCAUUUUGAUGGUCAAUAGACAUCCUCGAGCAGUUCGAGACUUUGUAAUUGGCAAAAAUGUUCAUUCCCCGACCCUGAAUAUGGCUUCGAUCAUCUUUGGCAAUCCCGUUAUAACGAAAUUACCGCAAGGAAACUUCGCGAGAACGCUUCUCAUCUAUUUUUUCUUCUUCACACUCGUUCUUCGUACGGGAUAUCUGUCGUCCUUGUACGAAAUUGCUCAACGCGAACCUCGUUACGUCGUCUCGUUUCAAGAAAUGUUGAAACAAAAUUUCAGUUUUUACGCUGCUCCCAUCUUAAAGCAUUACGUGGACUCUGUCGAUGCACUUCAUGACAAAAUUCACUACAUUACGCCGAACGAAGACGAAUACAAUCGUGUCACGAGCGGAACACUCACGCCGGGCAGCAGAGAAACCAUGUUGUCGAGCCAAUAUCACAUUUUUUACAUGAAUCGCAUGGGAAAACGAAAAAAAUUGCUGAGACCAAUUAAGGAUGACUUGGCGUUGGUUAGUUUGGGAAUUUGUUUGCCCAAACAGAGUUUAUUGACGCGCGUUUUUAACGAAUAUAUCUUGCAAAUUUCCGCAACGGGACUCGGAUAUUACAGCAUGAAGCGAUAUUACGACAGAGAUUAUUUGGCAGCCAAUAAAGAUCCGCGGGAACCGAAGCAAACAACGUUGAAGGAUAUUUUGGGGAUAUUUCAGUUGCUCGUUGCAGGCUGGAUUGUGUCGAUUGUCGCUUUUGUAGCGGAAAUUUUGUAUCACAAAUACUUGAGACGUGUGAGAAUUCGAUUUGUGUAG